AGAUUAGCAUAUAUCCUGGAUUUGCAAGAUGAUUACGCGUAUCUUGAGUGGGGCGACGAGCUACUGCGAUGGGAUAGCUUCGAACAGGACGAUCGAGAUGUUCGCGAAUGCAACAGUUUUCGAGCCGACCGCAGACAUCCGCAGUGUCGCCUACCGCAUCAUCGCACCGGUCACCAUCUGCGUCGGUAUCCUUGGAAACAUCAUGAACCUGUUGGUCUUAACGACGCGACCGUUCCUCAAGGGAGGUACGCGCGUCUACCUGACCGCCCUAUCCAUCUCCGAUUUGAGCGUCAUGGUAACCGUUAUUCCUAUGGUGAUGCGCUGGAACCAUUCGCAGUGGAAGACGGCGGAGGCCGCUUUCUACCACGCGCACGUCGAGCUCUUCCUCAACAACACCUUCAUCGCGUCGAGCGUCUUCAUCGUCGUCUGCUUAACCAUCGAACGUUACUUCUCGGUGUGCCUUCCCACGAUGUUCAGGAGCGUUCAUACUGUUCGCAUCGCGAAACUGGCGACGCUCGGCUGCUUCUUAACGGCGCUCGCGGUCAGCGCUCCACUUACAACCAUGAAGACGGUGUGCAUGGUGAAGGGGAACUUGAGCUGCACCGAUUGGGACUUCCACGAGAACAACGCCAUCACGGACACCAUCUACUGGGGCGCCUACCUCUGGUGCUCCGAGUGUCUGGUGAGGUUCGGGCCGUGUCUGAUCCUCGCCACCUUGAACAUCCUCAUAAUCCGGAAAUUUCGCAAGAUCACUGCAAAGAGGAAGGUGUUCAGAGAAGCGACGGCUUUUCCUUCGGACCGCUUCGACGCCGCCAACCACGACGCGAAGCUGCGACGCGCUCUACGCAACAAGAAGUACCAGGAGGAGAAGCGUCUCGUCACGUUGCUACGCGCCAUCGUCGUCCUCUUCUUCGUAACCAUGACACCGUCGGCAGUUCUUUCCCUUCUGUACUCGGAGCUGCACGAACCCGCGUUCGGUUUCCAAGUGUUCCGCGCGUUCGCCAACAACUUGGAGUUGGCCAACUUCGGCCUCAACUUCUACGUGUACUUCUUCUGCAGCAAAGAGUUCCGAGCGGCGCUCCUCCAUUUGGCGCGCGGUUGCUUAGCUUGCGAGGAGGAACCGACCGAAGAGUCCGUCGACAACGAGCGCAUCAAGAACAUGCUCAAGGUCAUCAAACUCAGCGAGACGUCCGACUUCAAUUCCACCGGCGAACGGUGGCAUAAGUACGAAGAACGCGAAGAGGCUUUAUAA